UCUCUCUCAACUGCUACUAUUUGUUUAUGGGUCUUAGCUAGCUGUCACCGGGUGCAUUACCAGGAGUUAUAUUAUGUACAUACAGGUCCUGGAGUCAAGCUAUCUAGCCUUCUAUCCCCUCUCUGAAAGCUUGCCAUGGCGGAUCCAGUUUCCAUCGGUGCUGCUGUAGGCUGGGGCGUAUCCGCAGUAGGCUGGCUCGCCUCGCCUAUCAUUUCAAGGGUCCUCAACAAAGGUUUCGCCCACCUUGACUUUGACGCGACAGAGAAGAUGAGCAUACUCGACAUACAAGUUUUACAGCUGCAGCGCAUAAUGGAGGUAGUCGACGAGAGCACUUACAGGGUUCACUUGGAGCCACUUCUAAACAAGCUUAGAUCCGCUCUCUACGAAGCCGAAGACAUCUUGGAUGCUGUUGAAUAUCAGCGUCUCGAGAGGCAGAUCCAAGAUGCCAAGUCAGAAGGAAACAUACCUCCAACUCCAAGUAUGAUGGAUUCGCUGUGGAGGAUUCUUUGGUCUUUCAUGCCCAGCUCCCUACUAAAAGAUAAGGAGAGUGGUUUGCCAAAACUACAGUUGCAGAAGAGCCUAAAGAAGAUAGAAAGUUCUAUAAGUGAUGCAUGUAAAGUGUUAGAACAACUGAACUUGGCAGGUGCAAGUAAUGAUAACGGGAGUAGAGCUGUUGCUACCAAUUCACUCGGUGCAGUCACUACGGCAGAUCCUCCAAUAAGAGUAAUUGGCCGAGAUCAGGAUCGUGACAAGAUCAUAGCAAUGCUUCAUGAGAAGGAAGACCACUGUCAAGCAAACACCGUCAGUGGUACAUGUUAUUCUGUAGUUGGCAUUCAUGGCAUUGCCGGGUCUGGAAAAUCAACACUUGCACAGUGUGUUUAUCAUCUUGAGAAAAAGUACAAGCAUGGGACAAUGGAACGCCAUUUCGAUAUUGUCAUGUGGAUUCAUGUUUCUCAGAAAUUUGAUUUGGACUCCAUUUUUAGGGAAAUGUUUGAGGGGGCUACAGGGGAACCAUGUGAUGAGUUCAAUAGUCGUAACGUCCUAAAAGAAGUGUUGGAGAAGAAACUUUGUGGAAAACGGAUUUUGUUGGUGCUGGAUGAUGUCUGGUACAACAUUAGGAAUUCAGGAGACCGUGAAGAACUACAAAAGUUAAUUUCUCCAUUGAAUGUUGGAAAGGCAGGAAGCAUAAUAUUGGUGACUAGCCGAACUGAAGCUGCAUUAGUAUCUCUGGGUGCUGUAAAAGAGAGAUGUAUUCCAAUAUCUGACUUGGAUGAUGAAGUGUUCCUCGAAAUGUUCAUGCAUUAUGCACUUCGAGAUGCAAGGGUAAGUGACCAUGAUCGAAGGGUACUUGAAUUGAUUGGAGAGGACAUUUCGAAAAAGCUUAAAAGGUCACCCCUAGCAGCCAGAACAGUGGGUUCGCGGCUUCGUGAGACACAGACUGUUGAGUUUUGGAAGAGUCAGAAAAAUCUGGAUCUUAUGAACUCGACUAUGGGGGCUUUGUGGUGGAGCUACCAGUAUCUUGAUGAACAUGUCAGGCGAUGCUUUGCUUACUGCAGUAUUUUUCCUAGACGACAUCGUUUGCAACGUGAUGAGUUAAUUAAGUUGUGGGUGGCAGAAGGGUUUAUAAAGACUAGUAAUCCUGCAGAGGAAAUGGAAGAUGUUGCUAAGAGUUAUUUUGAUGAACUGUUAUCGGCCUCAUUUCUGCAAUUAGGAGGAAAAGAAAUGGUAAAUGGACGUGAGGUUGAUUACUUUACAAUUCAUGACCUCCUGUGUGAUUUAGCAGAGGAGGUUGCUGGAAGAGAUUGCUUCAGGAUUGAAAAAGGUUUCACAGGAGAAGUUCCUCAAGAUGUUCGGUAUCUUUAUGUUGGGACUUAUGAUAGAGAAAUGAUUACUGAGAAGAUAUCUGGAUUGUUAAAUUUACGCACUCUCAUCAUUGAUGACUACAUAAGGCUUGAAUCAAAUGAGUGUGAAGUCUUUGCGAGUAUGUUCACUAUGCUGACGGGGCUGUGGAAAUUGCGGGUAAUGAAAUUGCGUUUCAGAGGACUUGGUCUUCGUAAAUUCUCGUUCCCGGAUUCUAUUGGUCAGUUGAAGCAUCUGCGUUAUUUUGCUUUCAUGGUGGGUGGACUUACCAAGCUAAAGUUGCCAUGUGCUUUCACCAAGCUUUACCAUAUGCAGGUCGUAGAUUUUGGUAAUUGCACGAAAUUGAAAUUUGCUAGUAGCGAAGAUAUGGUGAACCUCGUCAACUUGCGAUGUGUAAUCAGCAACGCAGAUCUGGAGUUUCCGAACGUUGGCAGGCUAACAUGGCUCCAAAUGUUACCGUCCUUUACAAUUAGGAAGAAAGAGGGGUAUGAGCCACAUCAGCUUAAACACUUAAACAAGCUUCAAGACAAGCUGCAGAUUUUUGGUCUUCAGAAUCUUCGGAGCAAGGACGAGGCUCUCGAACUCAAUCUUGCUGGCAAGGGAAACCUCAGAGAACUGGUACUUCGAUGGAAGAAUAGCUCAAGGAGCUCCAUAGAAGUUAAAGAGGAGGUACUUGAGGGUCUUUGCCCAUCAAAGUAUCUUGAAAUACUAGAAAUUCAUUCGUACUACGGGAGGUUACCAAGUUGGAUGAUAGGCAACAUGGACCACCUCACGUCGCUCAAGAAACUGGAGAUCGAUGGCCGUGAGUAUAUAGGGUCGCUCCCAAUACUGCCCAAGUCUCUUGAGGAGAUUAAAGACACACAAUCUUGUGCAACGGUUGCUGAUCCAAUUGGUAGAAGAUUGGUGAGAUUGCCACUUCAAGCCAGACAUUCUUCUGAAGAAGGUCCAUACAGAAGAUUCAGGCCCUUUUGGUGAGGACGGGAGCUAGAGGAGAUAGAGUUGCCAAACGAACAGGGCCAUUUCUGUGCUCUUGUGUCUUUGUUCAGUUUUACAUACUCCCUCCAUUCCAUAAUCCUUACGAGUUUCAUGGGAAGGAAGGAGCACUUUGGUUUGCAUGCGUGUUUGCUGAAAUGCCAUAUCUGCAUGCAGUGGCGGACAAUGGAUGUAGUCGUCUACUGUGGUACUCCCUCCGUACCACAAUAUAUGACGUUUUAGCAGUUCAUUUGAGCUGCUAAAACGUCAUAUAUUAUGAGACAGAGGUAGUAGUAUAUAUCAAUAUAUGUAAUGUAAUGUGGAAUGAUGAACACCGGAUUCAUUUGCUUCCUAUGUACUAUAUGAUUUAUAACACUGUUGAAUGCAUGAUGAACCUUAAACUGUA